AUGGCUGAGCCUGGAUCCGAGACGGUCCUUCCGAUCCGUGAAGGCGAAGGAGGGAAGAAAGCUGCUGCAGAGCAAGAGAUCAACCCUUGGGACGUUCAGGCUGGAACAGACGAGAACGGAAACUCACUCGCAUUCGACUAUGUUGCCAUCUCACAAAAGUGGGCGACGAAACUUAUCGAUGACGAGCUCCUUCAACGGUUCGAGCGUCUGACGGGUCACAAACCACACCGCUGGUUAAGGCGAGGGCUGUUCUUCUCUCAUCGCGACUUCGAUAAGAUCCUAGACAAAUAUGAGGCGGGAGAACCUUUUUUUAUGUAUACCGGACGCGGUCCCUCGAGUGAUGCGUUACAUCUGGGGCAUACGAUACCCUUUUCUUUCACAAAGUGGCUUCAAGAUGUGUUUGAUGUUCCUCUAGAUGACGAAAAGGCGCUUUUCAAGGAUAAACUCACAUUCGAGGAAGCGCACAGAUUCGGAUUACAAAACGCGAAGGAUAUCAUUGCUUGUGGCUUCGAUCCUAAAAAGACAUUCAUCUUUAGUGAUUUGGAAUAUGUCAAUGGCGCGUUUUUGAUGAAUACCUGGGAGUUCUCCAAACUUAUUACCUUCAACCAAGUGAGAGGCGCAUUUGGAUUCAACGAGAGCACCAAUAUUGGACGAAUUAUGUUUCCGGCUGUGCAAUGUGUGGCUUCAUUUGCGACAUCAUACCCUGAGAUCUGGUCCGAUCCGCCUGCAAAAGAACGAACAAAGGCAAUUGCUAAGAUCCCCGUCUUGAUCCCUAUGGCUAUCGAUCAGGACCCUUAUUUUCGACUUGUGCGAGAAAAUGCUCAUCGUAUGCGAUUCCCUUCGCCGAAACCAGCAUUGAUUCACUCGAAGUUCCUUACUGCCUUACAAGGCGCCGGCGGCAAGAUGAGUGCCAGUGAUCCCAAUUCUGCAAUCUUCAUGUCCGACACGCCGAAUCAGAUCAAGAACAAAAUCAACAAGCACGCGUUCAGCGGUGGAAGGGAGACUCUCGAAGAGCAUCGGCGGUUGGGCGGUAUUCCGGAGGUAGACGUCGCGUUUCAAUAUCUUUCAUACUUUGAAGAUGACGAUGAAAAACUCAAGAACAUUGAGGACAGCUACCGACGCGGAGAGCUACUCACCGGCGAACUGAAAAAGAUGGCCAUCGAACUGAUUCAGCAAUACGUCAAGGAAUUCCAACAAAGGCGGAAAGAGGUAACAGACGAAAUGUUGAAACAGUACAUGACACCACGUAAGCUGGAAUGGAAGGGAAAUCCAAACCCGAAGCCGAAGCCGAAAGAGACUGCUAAAAAGGAGAAGGAGGAGAAGAAGUGA